AGGAAAAUAAACCUACUCUUUGUCUUCUUUUUUUUUUUUCUCGGCACGAUCCUACUCUGUCUUCUUCCUUCAUCUUUUCCUCCUUAGAAUAGUCACAAGUCAUCCUUGUCACGAUAUAUAAACGCAACUAAAACCCUAAUCUCAUAAAAGUUGUCUUUCUGAUUUCUCUCCGUCCAUGCAACAGAUAUAGAAAGGUAUUUGGAUUUGGAUUUUGGAGUGAAGUAAAGAACAUAUAUAAUGGAACAAGGAGAUCAUCAGCAGCAAAAGAAAGAAGAAGAAGCUUUGCCUCCGGGGUUCAGGUUUCAUCCAACAGAUGAGGAGCUAAUCUCGUAUUACUUGGUUAAUAAGAUUGCUGAUCAAAACUUCACCGGAAAAGCAAUUGCCGAUGUUGAUCUCAACAAGUCCGAACCAUGGGAACUUCCUGAGAAGGCGAAAAUGGGAGGUAAAGAAUGGUAUUUCUUUAGUCUACGCGACCGAAAGUACCCGACGGGUGUGAGAACAAAUCGGGCGACAAAUACUGGGUAUUGGAAAACCACAGGAAAAGACAAAGAUAUAUUGAAUAGCACAACCUCGGAGUUGGUAGGAAUGAAGAAGACAUUGGUCUUCUACAGAGGAAGAGCUCCUCGUGGGGAGAAGACAAGUUGGGUCAUGCAUGAAUAUCGACUUCACUCUAAGUCCUCCUAUAGAACCUCCAAGCAAGACGAGUGGGUAGUGUGUAGAGUGUUCAAGAAGACAGAAGCAGCCAAGAAGUACAUAAGCAAUAGCAGCAGCAGCACAAGUCAUCAUCACCAAAGCCAAACAAGAGCCUCUAUACUAUCAGCCAACAACAACCACCCUAGUUACUCAUCGGACCUCCUUCAAUUCCCAUCACAUCUACAACCACACACCAGCCUCAAUAUCAACCAAACCCUCAUGGCUAACGCAGUUCAUCUAGCUGAACUCUCUAGAGUCUUUCGUGGCUCCACAAGCAGCACAAUGGAUUCUGCUCAUCAGCAGCUAAUGAGCUACAACCACAUGCCUGUCUCAGGGCUCAAUCUCAACCUUGGUGGUGCAUUGGUCCAGCCGCCGCCUCCUACUGUGUCGCUUGAGGAUGUUGUCGCUGUUAGCGCUUCAUUCAAUGGCGAAAACGGGUUUGGAAAUGUGGAGAUGAGCCAGUGCAUGGACUUGGAUGGAUACUGGCCAUCUUACUGAUUAGAAGUUGUUACUUUUGAAAUAUGUUUUUGUUUUCUAUCGUUGGUCUGAAGAAGAAAGUUUCGUUUACAGGUUGGUAAUACCUUUUGUUUUUGUUUUUGUUAUUGCAUUUGUUUAGCUGUUCAAGGAAAGAUUUAAGAA